AUGUUGAACACUGAAAUCAAAAAUAAAUGUUGUUUCUCUUCUCGUUGCUUCAGAUAUGGUGUGAAAAAGAAACCCAUCUACGUAAAUGUCAUUCGAGAUCCAAUUGAGCGACUAGUAUCAUACUAUUAUUUUCUGCGCUUUGGUGAUGACUAUAGGCCUGGUCUAAAGAGAAGAAAACAGGGAGAUAAAAAGACAUUUGAUGAAUGUGUUGCAGCUGGUGGGUCAGACUGUGCUCCAGAGAAACUUUGGCUUCAGAUUCCUUUCUUUUGUGGCCACAGUUCAGAAUGCUGGAAUGUUGGAAGCAAAUGGGCUUUGGAGCAAGCCAAGUACAACCUGGUUAACGAGUAUCUUCUUGUCGGGAUAACCGAGGAAUUAGAAGAUUUUAUAAUGCUUCUGGAAGCAGCCUUGCCACGCUUCUUUAGAGGAGCAACAGAAUUAUAUCGUACAGGAAAGAAAUCUCAUCUUAGAAAAACAACAGAGAAGAAACUGCCCACUAAAGAAACCAUUGCGAGACUGCAAGUGUCUGAGAUUUGGAAAAUGGAAAACGAGUUCUACGAGUUUGCUCUGGAACAGUUUCAAUUUAUUAGAGCUCACGCAGUGAGAGAAAAGGAUGGUGAACUUUACCUCCUUAGCAAGAGCUUUUUCUAUGAAAAAAUCUAUCCUAAAGCAACUUAAAAACAGUUUUCACUACAGUGACCUGAAGAACUGCAUCAAAAAUGUCUUUCUGCUGAAUCACUUGCUACCUUGAAUGGCCUAAUGAUUUUUUUUCCCAAUAAGAGCAGGAAAGAAAUCUUGUUCUACAGUUUGUAUCAAAUCUGCCGUAAGCCGCUUCCAUCAGUAAAGAUUUUAGGGUCAAGCAUUAGGUGCAUUCAUGGACGAAUGAGCAAGGAAAUCCGUUUACACAAACAGUGCACUAGUUGUGUAGAUGGCAUUCUGUCAUUAUUACUAAUCAGUUUGUGGUAUGUUUUAGGGACUCCUGUGUCUUGUAAACUUUUACCUGUAGAACUAUUUUUUACUAGGGUGCUUUCUAAAGUGUUUCGAAGUAUUGUAAUUUCAGAGUAAGAAAAAUGCUGUACAUAUUGCACUUUUUAUGUGUCUGGACCAAAAGGUUACAAAAAGUUUUAAGUAUUUAUUUCACACCAAUUUUAUUACAGGCGGUGUAACUGAACUCGUAGCAUCCACCAUACCGUAACCCUUUUUUUAGAUACUUUGUGUCAAUUUAGAUUUGUAAGCUUGAAUUUUCUGUCUUGUUUGUAUCAUGGAGAAUAAUAUGGCAAAAAACAAAUCUACAUUGCAGAGACCUGGAGCUUACUGAAAUGCCACCUUUGAGAACGUGCUCCAUUACAAUUAUGGCUACAUAGACCUGCAAAUAGAAAGUAAACUUUUUAAACAAAUAAUGGCGAGAAAUAUUCAGAGUAUUAAUUAAUCUCAUCAUUGCCUAAUCUCCCUUCUGGUUGAAACAGUGUUAGUAGGUUUUCAUUGUUAUUUCCAAUCCAGUUUAAAAAGUUAUGUAGAUCAAUGUGUUGCAUUUCUAAACCUACUUUUCUCCGAAAAGAAGUGAUAUAUCCAAUAGGCUUGCUAUGUUUUCAGUAGUGUGUUGCACUGCUGAAUUUUACACAGGAGUGAUUUGCUUGCAUUGUCUCUCAUGUGCAUGCUAACAAUUGAGGAAAUCUGUUCCAGCCCCUGCAUUCUUUGCAGGUAUUUCACAGCUUUGUGUUUGUUCUGUCUCUUUUAAAAAUAUGUCCCCUUCCAGGAUUAAUCAACCAGUAUUUAAAAAUAUGGACGACUUGGAGCUGCAUUUUCUGCUGGGCAGUAAAUCCAUUGGAGGUUGUGAAGGUAGGGCACUCAGUCAUUAUCCUAUCCCAGUGUGACCCAAGCCACUUUUCUCAGUUGGAGUUAAAUACGUACGUAGUUUGGGCUCUUGGCAAUUGACAAGGAGUUCACUACUGUAUGUCAAAAAAAUCAUGAUGCAGC